AUGCCGUGUUGUUCAAAGAUACCAAAGAAUAAAGAGCUUAAAGUAUUUGGUAUCGGAUUUGCUAUUAUUAACGGCAUCCAGUCAAUUGCAGUUAUGAUUCUUUGCGCAGUUGCAGUUCAUUAUUUUGGAAAAACUAAUAUUAGCUCCUUUUUACCAGUAGAUAUGAUUUCUCUCUUUAUCUCAGUUAUUAUUUUAGGAUUUAUUAUCAUUGUUGUAGGCUGGGUUGCUGCUGUAAACAAUACUGGCCUUGGUUGGAUCGUUUUUCAUUGCUGCAUGGCAGUUUUACUCAUCAUCGAAGUAUUUUUGGUCGUAUCUACAUCAAGUUACAGUGGUUUUGUUAAGACAGUUUCAAAUAACUGGUAUUCUUUUGAUGAUCCAACAAAAUACGAGCUUCAGUCAGAUCUCAGUUGUUGCGGAUUGUCAAAUUCUACAGAUUCUCCCGCUCUUCCAUGCCCAGGAUCUUCAACAAAACCAUGUAUGAAAGAAUUGACUUCUUUAUACAACAGAAUCAAACGUAUUACAUCUACAGCUAUGUUCGUAUGCUUUAUUUUUGGCAUAUUCAUAGAUAUGUCAGGUUACGCUAUGUGUAUUAACCCAGAAAAGAUAUCUCUUGAAGAACAACAAGAUGCAGAUGCUGUCGAUGUUUCUCUCAUUGAUGAGGAAGAAAACUUCAGAAAUCCUUUCGUCAUUUAA